AUGAGAGAGGCGAACAACAAGUCCGAACUCCUGCCUCCCUUUCUUAUAUCCUCUCUGGUUAUUGUGGUUAUCCUUAUCGUUCUCCUCUGGUUCAAACAUUUAUAUAAGAUAUCUGCGAGCCGUGGCCCUCUUAUUAAUACUGAGGAAGAAUCUCCCUUCAACCCCCAGUCACAAACUCCCCAGCAAGAAGUGCCAUCGUCUCCGGCUAAUACUGCCGGUAUAUCAACUACAGAAUUGCGAAUACAGCGUCUGAUUCAAAAUAAGAAACCAGGGUCAAGCUUAACACCGUCUUCGACCAGUUUCAACCAGGACCCAGGAUAUCGUAGGCAGAGCUAUGAAACUAUGCAUAAGUUUCCUGAUUCGCCUGUAGUAUCGCAAGAUGAACUACAAGAUUUUGGAGCCUCAAACUCUGCUCCAUCUGGCACUACAACGUUGUUUCCGUCAAGCUCUGGUGGUCGUAGCGGCAAUGACUAUAGGACACAGCAAUCAAUACCCUUACGGGAGCUGACUAGAGACCAGACACGCAAAUCGAACAAUCCACAUCCAUACUACGGCCACAAAGGGGAAUCCUAUCAACAAAAUAAUCCCUAUGGAAGGUAUGCCUACCGUCAAGAUGGAUUUUAUCAAAACAACUCUACACCGACGGGCCCUUUUGGAACGAUGGGGUCAGAUACGGUACGUGAAACUGAGAGUAACUCUCGGGAUUUUAGCUAUACCGGUAGCACCCGCCAGUUAAGGGAGGAACAAAUGCGCAACUUUCCAGAGCGGUUCAAAUAUGCCCACCCUCGCUAUGAACGAAAUGAGUCACGGAGUCCACCACGGUCAGGGGGAGGAGAAUCUUUCCACUCUUCCCUCCGGCCUGAUCCCCUAUGUAUCCACAAGGCUCGCUCAAGCCCUUUGCCCUCGGUUCCCCCCAGCGAUGAAUAUGCCAGUGGGAUGGCCCAACCAGAAAGCUCUAAAGAUGCGAGUCAAAGGAGUGCCAGGUACGAUUUCAAAGGCAGAUCUUCUCCCGAGUACCGUCAUCCGCGCCAAGACUGGCUUGCCCAAGCCCAGGUAGGCUCAGUGCGAAAUGAUUCCAUAUGGAAACAGAAGGAAGCAAUAACUAGGGGCAAGGAUGGGCUACGGACAUUCGAAGGCUCUAGAUCGUUCAGCAUUGAACGAUCGCGAAGUCACCCCUUUGGAAAGCAACACAACCGAGAAAGCACACACCUAUCCAGUACCAGUGCCACUCGUCACGACAUUCCUAGGACUGAUGAAAGACCCGAAGAAACUUAUCCAAUAUCAGCCGGUCAAACCCCAGCUGCUUACGGAUUACCCCCUGGCAGCACACGCCCCCACGCAGAGCUUGUCGAUGAGGCAGAUGAGAAUAAGAUGGAGAGGAAGCUGAACCUCUUAGACUUGGUAUCGCAGCUAAGGGAUCGAGAUAUCUAG